CUCUUUGUCCACGUAUUUUACUUUGUUUAUAUUUUGGCCUCGUAUUCUUUCCUUUAUACCCAUAGAACAAGUCAAUCGACACACAACCCACAUUCACACCACUACACGAGGGCAACAAUUUGCAGUAGGAGCAGAAAUGGCAAAGAGUUCCGAACGGUUGCCCUUCAAAUGUGAUCAGUGUAACUAUUCCACCGCUUGGAAAAGCAACCUAACCAGGCACAUGUCGGUACACACCAAGAAAAGGCCUUACAAGUGUGCGCGAUGCGACUACGCUGCUACACAAAAAUCCCACUUAGUAAGCCACCUGGCGGCACACACGGGAGACAAGCCUUACGUGUGCGGCGAGUGCGGCUUUCGUACGGGGAGUCGGUCCACGGUUGUGAAACACGUGAAAGGUCACAGCGGCGAAAAACCGUACAGGUGCUAUCAGUGCAGCUACUCAACUGUUAACAAGACCCAACUCAAGUUGCACAUGAAAGAACACACUGGUGAGAAACCAUUCACAUGUGACAAGUGCCCUUACAAAGCAGCUUUGAAAUCCAGGCUUACAACACACAUGAGGAGCCACUUGGGUAAGAAACCGUACAAGUGUGAGCUAUGCAGCUACAGAGGGAGCCAAAAAAGCCAUCUAGAUGUACACAUGAUCAGUCACAAAGUGACGUACAAGCCGCUUGUAUGUGGGGAGUGUGGGUAUAGGACUGCUAUCAAGUCUAAUCUGGUUGCGCACAUGAAAACGCACACAGGGGAUAAACCCUACAAGUGUGAGUUGUGCAGUUUUGCCGCAGUUUUUAAGUCUCAUCUGGAGAGACACAUGAACACUCACACGGGUAACAGGCCGUAUAAAUGUGAACACUGCAAGUAUGCUGCGGUACAGAAGAUCCAGUUGGAAACUCACAUGAACCAACACUCAGGGCUGAAACCAUUUUCGUGCGAGAAUUGUGACUAUAGAACUGCCUACAAGUCACACUUAACCAGGCACAUGAAAGUCCACAAAACAUGAAAAAGAAAAACAAUAUAUUUCAUCUAUACCAUGGUAUGGAGUGAAAUAUUAUCCUAACACUAAUCGGAUGAAAUU